AUGUACUUGCAGUGUACCAUGCUGCAAAUCAUUGGUAUCAUGGUGGAUCUAAUGUCGACCUAAUUAUAGAGGAAAAAGGUAGUAAUGGUGUUAGUUGGAUCUACUGUUGCUAUCUACUGCUGUCUUUUCUUUUAGGCCGAAAAUCUAAAACAUCAAAUUACUGCGAAGGACCAAAGCCAGAGAGAUCUUGUCAAUGAGUACGAAAAUAAACUUUCACAUCUCCGAGAUGAAGUAAGUUAGUUUUCGACUGAUUUUCCAUUUCGCAAUCGGGGAUUUCUAUUUACAAUUUAUACACAGUAGCAUGUGACUAAAUAAUGUACACAUGCAAGAACAGUAAAGAAAAUUCCGCGCCUGGAUACGGAAGAUUCAACCAGGUGGAAAACUGUCCUUUAAGGCAUUCCAUACUCAGUUGUAAACUGAUUGCAUUGUCAUUACAGUGCUUCAUUUUGGCACAAUAAGUUUUUUACAUGCAUCUGUGAUUGAUUGAUUGAUUGAUUGAUUGAUUGAUUGAUUGAUUGAUUGUUUGUUCGAUUCUCUCUGGGGUCUUUCUGUCAAAUGAAAAGUCAUGGGUUUUCCUGGGUACUCCAGUUUCCUCUAUAUUGUGCAUGUAUGUUAAGGAUGAUUGUGUAAACGUCGUUAGGAAGUUGCAUCAGGUUAUAGCCCACCAAAUGAUAACCAAUUUAUCAACUUAUUGUCUUAUUAUAUUUUCAGGUUAAUAAGCUUAAACGAGAUCAUGACAAGCUUCAAAAGAAAAAUCAAAAACACAAUAUUCAAAUACAAGAUGAGAAAGAUAGGGUAAUGUAUACUGUACAUGAGCCAAAAUACCCAGCGAGAAUUUGCUAUUUAUCGAUUGGCACUCAAGCAUGAAGUCAAUCAUACAUCUUGUGUUUGUAGUUCAUGUAUUACUCUGACACCACUAACAUUUAACAAGUGAUUGAUAAUUUUGUAAACAUCGCGUGUAUAGCUGUCAAAUUAUGAAUAUAAUAUGUGAUUAAAUUUUAACUUUUAAAAUUCAGAAUUAGAUACACUAUACAAUACUAUACAAUUAUGUAUCUAAAGUACUGUUUUGACUUCUGAAUGUUGUAUUUUUGUAGCUGCGAAACGAUCUCAAUAAGAAAGAUUUGGAUUCUGAGAAACUUAAAGACCAAAAUGAGGUACUAGGUCUAGGUAAAUUAUAGUGCUCAAUCCGAAUCCGUCUCCCUGAAAGCGCUAACUAAAUUUCUAUAUACAGUACAUGCACUGCAUGUAUACAGUACAUAUACUGCAUGUACCUAAUAUGUACCCCAGGGCCGUAGCAAUCUGGGGGGCUGCAGCCCCCCCCCCCCAAUAAUUUUCUAAUAAUCAUUCUUUUUUCAAAAUCAUGCAGACCUUUAUCAAUUUUAAAGGGAUAUGGCAAUAUAUUUUUUUAUUAUUUCAUUUUAAAGAACUUUUAGAAUUAUAUGUUAAUCUCCUUUACCGAUUUUGCGUAACUUUAUUAUUUCUUGAAAUAUUUUGACUUAAAAUAAUUUGCUGUCCGCCAUCUUGGAUUAAUUUUUAUCUCAUCGGUGAUUUUAGUGACGUCAUAAGCAGGGUACAAGCCAUAUAAAACUACAUCUAAAUGACCAAAUAACAUUAAGUCUUGUUUGAAAAGUCGUCAGACAGUUUUUAUUUCAAAUAGUUACUGAAGUAUAUGAUUUUGGGCUCAUAAUAACCAAUUGCUCUAUGGAUAAAAUUCUUGCGUGACCCUGCUUAUGAUGUCACAUGCAUAUCCGCCAAAAUCCAAGAUGGCGGGAAGCUCGCUGAUUUGUGAUUUUUUCUGUUCAAAUAUCUCAAGAAAUAAUAAAGUUACGCAAAAUCGGUAAAAGAGAUUUACAUAUAAUUUUAAACGUUCUUCCAAAUGAAAUAAUAAAAAAAAUAUAUUGCUGUAUCCCUUUAAGUUUUAUUAGUUUUAGGCGGCAACAUUAUCAAACUGCAAAGAAUGAAGAUAUUACCCACACUUUCCUGCAAUUUAUCUAAUAUAUAGUUAAUUAAAUACACCUUCGCCCAUUUAGUACUACCAAAUUGUAAAUUUCGACAUACUAAAACGCUGUUUUCUGACCAUCAGAAUUCUGUCAAAUCUUCCCCAAAGUUCAGGAAAUGGCAUUUCAGAGACUCUAAAUUUAAAAAUUUCCUAGGGCCUUCGGCCCUCGCUUUCACCCUUAUCAAAAAGAGCAUCCUACGGCCCUGUACCCUGAUCAUAAUUACAGUAAUUAAUUUUUGGACGAUAGAUGUGGUCCACCAUUGAACUAAUAAAAUUAUGUUUUGCACGUUGGUGGCUUUCAGAAAUUAACCCAUCUAUCUUUUAGUUGAUAUUUUAAUAGUAUAUAAUUUUGGACUUUGAACUUAACGAGUUUCUGUUCAUGGUAAAUAUGUUUAUACUUCAUUAUAAAUCUAAUAGUAGACUGGCCACAAGUCCGCUUCAUUUCUUUCCCUAGCUUUUUUCGAACGCAAUCCCGUUCCCCGAGCCUGCGAUCCUUUCGAACGAAGAACCACGUGACGUCAUUGAAAAAGACCUUUCAGAAAGUGUACUGGAGCAGUUGCAAACAUCUGUCUAAGUCUAACCACCUUUUCAUUAUUUUUCGCUAUCAACGAAAUCUAAAACAUAUUUCAAGAAUUACUCUCGUUUGAUCGAUAAUCGAAUCAACAAAAUAUCCGUACAUAACAUGAUACUUGGAUAAGUAUUUUUCCGAUUGAAAAAAUCAGACGACAAACGCGACUUGCUUUAAUUUUUCUGCUACCACUAUAGAGCUUCAAUUAGCUGUGAAAUAAACACUUUAAUACAUGCCCCUUUCUUGGAAGCGACACUAACCACUAUGGACCUCACUAUAUAUAUGACCGGGCCAGCAUUUGCCAACAAAAGGGUAUGGUCUCUGGAUGUGAUCAUUUCAAGUGAAUUACUAAAUUGCAUGUAAUUUUGGAAUUGGAUAUUCCAAUAUAACAUGUAAGUGCCGGGUCACGGAUGUUCGUACCAUGUUAUGACGUCCUUUGCGUAUCUAUGACUGGACAGACAACGGCAAAAUGUUGUCUGUUUGUUUUAUGUAAUUAGUUUUAUGUAUUUAUUAGUGAAAACGGGACGGAAUGAUAUUUCUGGUACAUUCGUUUCUGAUACCACUGAGAUAGCUGUGAUUGGCUUAAAUAUAUUACGUUAGUGAAAUGGCGUCAUCUGUGCGUCUGUCCUCUAAUAGAGCAUGGCUCUCGACCAAUAAAAAGGAAGAAUGAUCUCGAAUUAUUAUUUAAUGUAAAUAUUACAAACAUGGUAUAGUCAUUGCAUAUAUGUUUGUUUAGGACCUGAAGAUGAAAUUACGAGACUGGGACAGCAUAGGCAGAACAUAUCAAGAAAGAAUUAAAGGGCUUGAAAAUGAAAAUAUGAUUCUUAAAGACAAGAAUGAAAUAUUGCAAGUAGGUUUCCAGUACCCUAUACUUAUUCAGAAAUAUAGCGACGCAUGCUUAUAUUAAUAAGCCAAGUUAUAUCAGUCGAGAGAAAUAGUACUUUAUCGUGAUUGCACAUGAAGUAUACCGGUAUAUAGUGUUCACUUACAUUGUUGGAUUUGUUUUGCCGUUUAUAUAGAAACUAACGCUUACGUACAUACAGCACUGUACCUGUAUAUUUAAAUUUGUAUAACUCCAUUUACACCUUGAGAAAAAGCACUUACGGUUGCAUGAAGCCUACACUGGAUCAUGAAGCGGGAAUACGGGUUAGAUAUUUAUCAUAUUUUCUUUAAAGUCCUUAAGUCUUCCUUUUUUAGCAACAAACAAAAGAGGUUCACGAUCUGCUGAGUCAGCGAAAACACACUCUUGAGAACUUGGAAAAGUCUCAUCAAAUUGAAAUGGUGGAAUUAGAAAGUCAGGUACUUCUGCAUUGUACUUCAUUUCAUGCUACGAUUUUGAUUGAACAAAGAGAUUCCACAGGCCCUGUAGAUUUUGUGUGUGAGUUUCCAAUGAUGCAACAGGGCAUGUGGAAGAGGUAGAGUUUGAAUUUUUCUGGGCACCUUGAACUGACCUCAUAGACUGAUGUAGCCUUACCCAGGAAAACAACCAGAAAAAUUACUAUAUUUUGAAAAUUUAAUCCAUUAGUACUCCAUAGGAGUGUCCCAUCAAUGAGUAAAAUUAUCUCACGUGAAACAGCAACCAAGGCUUAAAUCCUAAUAUAACCAUUUGAAGUAAUGGAGAAGUGUGAGCCUACGUUAAUAUAAAAUAUGCUAAAUAGUCAUGACUGUUCUACAGAUAACAAAGCUGCGUGAACAAGGAGAAGAACAUAGGGGAGAAAUCAAAAGGUAUGCUUGCUUUACAGUGUAUAAAGAUAAACGCUUUCAUUGGUAGUUUUUAUUAAGGGUGUAUCCCUUAAAAUCGUCAGGUACGCAUGCUAGCCUCCGUCUGUCAGAAACUAAUGCAAAUUAGAUGAUUUUUACGGAUUUCUUAUAAAGACUACAAGAAGCGACGAAAGGACAUGAAACAACAGAUAAAGAAAAAUCUGCUGAACUGGCGUAUAUGGAUGGUAGAUUAAAGCACGCGACCGAGGUUAUACAGGUAUAUACGUAUUUUAACUGAAGUAAAUACUUAGAUAUUUUUGUUUUACACAUAUUAGGCCUGCCAUUACGAGGCUUCUACAGUAUUUAUCAUGGUUGGAUGGUAAUGCCCUUGAACAAAUAUUUACAUUAACUAACCAGUAUACACUAGCCUGAGUACACAAACCUUAAUCUCAUUUCGUCGGUCGAUGAUUUGAGAAUCUCCUAAAAACUGUUUUGAAAAUGUUGCAUGUUUAAUAUAUUUCUGCAUUUUAUAAAGUUCGACUCGUAUAGUUGCUGUUGAUAUACUGUAUGUAUUUUGAACAUUUAUCCGAAUCUAAUUAACGUUUCCCUGAAAUAGGCGCUAGAAAUUGAGAAAGAUCAGCUACAAAAAGAAACGAAUUCUAAGUGUGACUUGUUGAAGGUGAGAAGUAUUACACAAUUUGUCUUAAUAAGGUAAAAUCGACACCUUUGUGUGUGUAACUAUGUUAAAAGUAAUUUUUGGUAGUAGAAUUAGGAAUAGUCUAAUCGAUUUUUUUUAAUCAAAAUUAUCUCCCAACCUCGUUCCCAGGCUCUUCCCUCUUGAGACUGCUCCAUUUACUGUUCGGAGUACUCCGGAUUUUUGGAACACUAAUUGAAUCGAGCCGAAAAUGGUCAUAUGACUGUUCUGACUGCCCCUACUCAAAAGUAGGGGCAGCCAGAACAGUCAUGUGACCGUCAGGACAGUCAUGUGACCGUCAGGACAGUCAUGUGACCAUUAUUGGUUCGAUUUAAUUAGUGUUCCGAAAAUCCAGAGUACUCCGAACAGUAAAUGGAGCAGCCUCCUUGUGAAGGAAAGACUUUGAUCGGAACUGGUCACGUGACGCAUAGAAAAUUGAUAGCCUAAGAGGAGGAUGGAAAAGUCUCAUAUUACAUGUUUCCACUUCCGCACUUCACACUUCGAUUGCAAGGAGUGGCCGUUCUGCACAAUGAGAUUGUAUCUUUGAGAAUCAUAAUAUAUACUUCAAAAUACUUGCUAAAUUGGUUUCUGUUUGCUUUUAAAUUAUACAAAUAUGCUAAACUGCAGAUUCUUAUAGCAACAGACAAGUCAGGAAAUCAAGCAACGAAAACGUAUGAUCGUAUGCUUUGAAAUAUUUUCCCUUUUAUUCUCGCGGGGUUCGGGCGCAGUUUCAUUUCACGUGUACGUUUCUGUUCUGCCUCCGGUUCAGAUAUUUAUUCUAAUAAUAUGCCAUUGAAAUGUUGUCAUUUGGAAACGAUAUAAACUUUGCAUUGACUGUGAUUCACUUGUUAAACAGAGGUCUCAACAGCUACUGUGUAGGUCGUAGCACCUUGGUGGUCUUACAACAAACGUUACACAUUUGGACACUAACCAAAUAGACAUUGAAUGUCCAUUCUAUUGAUUCUAAAACCGUUUAUAGCCAGCAUAGUGCUCUAUAUUUUUUUAAAAAAUAGGUUAUCAUCGUUUAUAUUAAACACCAGGUAGGAAGGAGUGUUAACGUACAAAAUUGUUUGGGAUCGACAGUAUAUACAGAAUUAUAAGACAAUUCACAACUGUAUGCCUUUCCUUUUUGUCUGCACGAGUUCCUGUAUGUUGAAGCCCAGUGGUUGAAGCCAAAAUAUUGCACAGCAUCUCUUAUAUAAUUCUAUAGCCAUUCACCCUCGGCCCUUGAAUGCAAAGCCAAAGGAAUGAUAGCUGAUAAGGUUUAGCAAGGUGCUUGUGUGAUGUUACUCUGAGUGUAUAUUCACACCGGGCAGGCCUGAAAAAUAUGCCUGGCCACGGUGGGAAUCGAACCUACGACCUUUGGAAUACUAGCCCAACGCUCUGCCAACUGAGCUACGCGGUCAGGUCGGUUCGAGUCUAGUUCCUUCGAUAUCAGUGUAAUCUAAUAAUCAUUAUAUUUGCUGUGUUGGUACGGUGUUGUUGCGUUGGGCUAGUAUUCCAAAGGUCGUAGGUUCGAUUCCCGCCGUGGCCAGGCAUAUUUUUCAGGCCUGCCCGGUGUGGAUAUACACUCAGAGUAACAUCACACAAGCAUCUUAUUCACCUGAGUACAUUACACCGUACCAACACAGCAAAUAUCAUGAUUUAGCAAGGUAUUUUGUUAUUAUAUCUGGUAUAAAGUGUCCCUACGUUUAAUCAGGGAUACAUAAUUCAUAACUGUGUGUGCGCACGAAGUCUCGCUCAUAGAAUUAUUUAAUGAGUUUUUAUAAGCCUUUUAGAGUUUCCAUUGAUAGAUAGGUUGUUUGCCUCCAGUAUCGUUUGGUGAAACUUCUUGAAGGUCGAUCACAGUAUACGAUAAAGUUUAAGUUUGAUACAAAUAUUGAUGACCCACACUCCACAGCGGCAUGAUACAAGUCGAAAGAAGCUGGAUUUUAAGCCGGAUUAUUCUUCAAAUAAAGCCCAAUGGGACAAUGGCAAUAAUGCCAAUGAAAGGUCUAUAUAAGAUAUAUUGAUUAAUUUGUAAAUUAAUACUCUAAUACAUGAAAUAUUUACUAUAAAGUACAAUACCAGACUAUUACCUGCAGUGUCUGGUGCAUGUUUCGUCCUAAAUACUCAAGUUGUACCGCACGCACGGAUGACGCACGGAGGAGUCUUGGCGUUCGUGUGAUAACAGAUUGCUAUACUUCGACAUAAUCAUUCUUGAUCGUUGAGUUUCAGCAAUGUAAAUGCAGGAAAUUUUACAGUCCAUAACGGGUUUUAAUCCUGUGCUUUCACAGUCAGGAUAGCAUUGUUUACACACAGUUGGCGAUGUUUGGGAAGUCAAAGGAUCCCGUUAUAAAAAAAAUCUUUUGUUUUGAAUAUCGGAUAGGAUACACUUCAACUAUAAACAACCAUAUCGUUCGUUUGAUCGAUCAGUUGGUGUAUAGAAGAUAUGUAUGUUUCUACUGCGAAACCUGCUCAACUUCGCAAGCCUGGCGCGCGUGGAGUCCUUUCCUUGCAAGUGAAAUAUGAUCCAGCUUCUCGCUUGAAAUAUACCGCAACACUUAUUAUUGAUGACAUUCAGUAUAGCAGGAAGUCGUGUCAUGAUGAAUACGAAUUUAGAACAGUUCCUUUCACGAUUUCUUGUUGCAAAUUACAUCUUUAUCACCCAAAACUAUAACACAUAAAAUUGCAAUUUUCCAAACGCAACAAACAGACUCCUCUACUACCCCUCCCUGAGAUCGAUUUCAAUUUACCACGCAAAACUGCGUGACACGUGACCAGCUGCGACCAGGGUCUUUCCUCCACAAGAGAGAAGAGCCUGGGAACGAGGUUGUUAUCUCCAGGGAAAAACACUUUUGGUAAAACUUCCCACUGGCCGACCUCUUUUAUUCGUCCAUCUCUCGUCAAUCAUUCUUGUCUAUGAAAUAAACUAACCGUUUUCACGAUAACGUAAUAAUAUAUAACAUAUAUAUAACAUACUACUAAAAGUGAUCUUUUAAGGUAGUCUCGCUCCUGAAACAUAGAAAUUGUUGUGUACAUGUAACUACAUUUUUAGAAUAAUGUCAUUAAGUUUAAAAUUUUUAGUUAUUGGAAGGCAAGCAGAGACAUCAAAGAGAAGAUCUUACCACCUUGCAGGAAAACCUACAACAUAAAGAAGGCAUGAUAAGGUGACGAUUUUAGAUUUAAGAUUUUGGAUUUAAAUGGUCAACAAGAUUGUUUACUCGUUAAAAGUUUGCCACCGUACAAUACAAGGUAUUGAAAAUUGAAAAAAUAUAAUACGUAUUAUAAUAUAGUCAGUCACUGUACAUGAGCUAUUUUGCAAUUUGAUUGGUUGGGCUGCUCGCUCUAUAUGUACUCAUAUUAGUGAGGCGGAUAUGUGCAAAAUUAUUGACCAGUAGUUCCCGUUGAGGUUAAAAGCAUCAAACUUUUACAAUUGAUGUAGUUUUAUUUGCUUAAUAGAUAUUUGAAGUGGGGCCAUCGCUAUUUUGCUGCUAACUCCUGAAAACGGGUGAUUAGUGAUUAUCUUCUAUCGAAUUCUAUUAUAGCCAAAAAAGUGAAAUUUUGUAUUCAAUUACAACAAAUAUGACUUGCAUCAUCAGAAAGCUUAUAAAAAACUGCAUAUAAGACGUUUAGACAGUUUUUUUAUUUCUGAAAUAGUUUUCGAAUUAUAAACUGUUAAAAACGCAUUUUCAAACAUCGAAUAAUUAACUUAUAGGGACUUUUAGCGAGAUAAUGUGCAAUAUUCAAUAACCAUUUGAAGAAUAAAAAAACUGUUUAAAAGUCUUUUAUGUAGUUUUUACAAGCUUUUGAUGAUGCAAGUUAUAUUUGUCGCGAUUGAAUUCAAAAUUUCACAUUUUUUGUUGUAGUAGAAUUUAAUAGCAAAUAAUGCUCAUAGCAUCAUAAUUCAUUGCAUGUUGUUCUACUCAUAAAAAGAUGCUACUGUGCAAAAUUUGGUGCUUUUAACCCUCUUGGGAAACAUCCAUGCACAUAUCCGCCACACUAUAUAGCUACAGUGAGCAGCGAAAACAACAUGGCGGUACAAAAACUAAGCAUUUUGCGAACUAGAAUCAAACAGGAAGUUAUUCGCUUUUCGAGAACAAAAAUACAACCAAAAGAAAUACAUUAAUGAUUUAGAAAGAGUUAAUACCGAAAGGGCGGCGAGAAUGAUGAAAAUAAAAUCUUCAUGCAGAGAAAGUCACAACUAGCAAAUUCGAUUGAAAUAAAAUUUGCAAUUAAUUUAACCAGUUCUAACUUGUUUUACCUGAAAAUCUAUACAAAUAAUAUCUCACGUUUUCUGUUAUCUUUUUCUGAAACCAUUUCACUUUAAUUUUUUAAAACAAAACACAACAACAAAAACAUUUGAACGUCUUAUAGGCCACGUUGUGACACGGAUAACGAUCUGUUUUUAUGUCUAAACUUCAGGCUUUAGAAACGUUUGGUUUCUUUACCGUUUACAACUUCCACUCAUCUUUUAUAUGCUCAAUUUAGCCUCAAUUGCCUUUUGAUCAUAAAAAGCGAUAACAUAUUUUGAAAAUGAAAUUUACUUGUCGGAAAAACGUAAACUGCUCCUACACGUCCGCCAUUUUGAAUGCGGCAACGUGCUCAUGUGUUGCUAAUUUAAACCCUGAAAAGGUUUAAAUAUGUAGAUGGUAAAUUAGCACUUCAAAAUCAACUCCCAUGCAACUUCUUGAAUCAUGGUGUUAAAUCAGCACCUGAAUCGGCCGGUGUUAGGUUAUAACGUGUUUGUAAUGCCACCACAAGGUGUCAAUUUCACAUACGAAGGUGCUAUUUUAACGCGCUUAAAUUAAUAGUGUUACGGCUGAACAAACCGUCAAAAUAUUACUGUGUAUACAGAAGAGUCAUGAAUGCAUGCAAUUAAUGUCGAUUAUAAAACACUUAUGCCAUUUACUCUCGUAUGAGGGGCAGCUCAUAUGGAGCCAGGCUGACCCGGUUGACUGGGAUGAUUAGUUUAAUUAAGCGCCUAUAUCACGGAUAAACAUAAUAAAUUACAUUUCAAAGUUGAAUUAGCUUAGUUUGAUUCCAGUAAACAGUACAAAGUUCGUUGAUGGUCAGGAAAAAAAUUCGUGACAUGAUUCAUUCCGGCUGGCUCGGAAUGUAUAAUGCAUGCAUGGAGCCUCGUAUAAUGGGAAUAUAUAUGGCUAGAGAAUCCGUUGGCUUUUUGUAAAAAUCAGGCAGUAAAACAACCCAUGCAUACAUGCUACGUCUCUCUUGGAUCAGGUUUGUGAAACACAUGGGACCAUGCAUGCACCCUGAAAAAGACAUGUAUACAGCUAUAGUGGUAUCCAUCACACGACACUCUUGCCAAUUUCUUUUUCCAAAAUACUUAUAAUAUAUUGUCUUACAUAUUGUCUAUUACCCGCUGUUUAGAGAUCUACAAGACGCGAGUGUCUACGAAGAAUCUAGUGCCAUCCAAAGAUUGCGUGAGGAUUUACGUAUUUGUCAAACUGAAUUAAGGUACUGUAUAUUGCAGGGUUUCUUGGUAUAGUGUAACAACUUGGUCAUACAGAGAAAAUAUGGCGCGUCUAGUUGUACAUUUUAUGGAGUGUAUGAGGUAUUUGGUGAAGGGACCUUCGGGGGUAGAAACUGAAAGUGAGAUAAUGAAUAACGCAUAACAGGUUCAUAAAUAAACGAAUACAUGAGUUUAAAAAAUCCGGAAUAUUAAAUAACAGAUUUAUAGUGGAUAGGACGUACAGAAUAAUGUACGUAACAAUGAAAAACUAACAAAUUAGUGGAAUGAUUAAUUCAAAAAAUACGAUGAAUAUUUAAUAACUGGGAUGUUUUGAAACAGAAUUGUGAAUAAUUGAUAUUCCACCUAUACGAAGCACACAAACGUUAUACAGUGAAAGUCCGCAAAUAUUAACUGUCUUCCGUGUUCGUUGAUCCCAAAUUCAAUGAAGAGAAGAAGGGCCCAGUUAAAGAACACAAUACACCGUUUUGACAAUUGUGUCACAAAUAUUUCCUUGACCCUGGGAGUCUCGCUCUCAUAAAUCAAGACGAAAGGCGAUUCGCACACGAUUCAUGAGAAUGAGGCUCAUUGAGCUCCAUAUAUAUCUGGAGCGAGAACUCGAGUCCAAAAAGUGAAGCCAGCUUCGUGUUAACCGCGCACAGACAAAAACAAUAGAAACGGACUUCAAUUUCCUUCAUCUUGGCAAGGGGUGUGCCGAAAUUUCGUAUUUUGAUAUCGAUUUAAAGAAAAAAACUACAGUGAACUGAUAACUUGGUUAGCGAUACGGUCCGUUGGAAUUAGCUGGGGAGAAUGAUACAAAAGCUGUUUACGAUCUUCAUAGCUAUUGGACGUCAAUGGACCAUUUGCAUUAUGGACUAAAUUUUGAUCUAAACAAGUCUAGACAAAAAUUUCAUCACAACUUGAAAGAGAAUCACAAAAUUAGUAAUAUUCCAAAGUUUCGUUGCGAAAUGUUGUAAAAUGCGGAUAAUAUAUAGCCUUGCGAAGUUUGCCGUUUUUCAGUCAUUUUGCAUUACGUGGGGGAAAUUGACAGCCCAAUACCCUCUGGGGCUGUCAAUUUCCCGUUUGCAAUAGAAAAUGACUGAAAAACGGCAAACUUCGCAAGGCUAUAUUAUCCGCAUUUUACAACAUUUCGCAACGAAACUUUGGAAUAUUACUAAUUUUGUGAUGCUCUUUCAAGCUGUGAUGAAUUUUUGUCUAGACUGGUUGAGAUCAAAAUUUAGUCUAUAAUGCAAAUGGUCCAUUCCGCCAUCUUGGCUUCACUUUUCCCAUAGGCCGAAUGACUGAAGUUCUUGCUCCAGUAUAUUUGGAGCUCACUGAUGAGGCUAUACCGGGCAAAGAGCAGUGCUCUUUGCCCGGUAGUCAGUGCUCCAAAUAACUAUGCAUGUUCGACCCCCUAAUUAAGCAUGCAUCGUUUUCGUAACAGUACACCUGCUUUUGUUAGCUCCCGCAAAGAGACAGAAAUGUUUCAUCAAGCUGAGAUCGAGAGAUUGCAAAGAAGGUAUAGAUAUUACAUUUAAUCUUUUAUUGAAUAGUCCGACGAAGGGGGAAGAACAAAGUUGAGCAUUUUUAAGCAGCUUGGUUGCUAUUUAACAUUUCCAGGUUGGCUGAUUGCGAAGUGGUAUUUACCAAGUCAAAUAGUGAAUUAAAGCAGAAGGUAAGUUGAAAAGGAAUCUUAAUUUUUAUCUCGUUUCUGUCUUUAUUGAGUUGUGUCUUAUUUCAUUUUAGUGUUUCAUGAAAACAUCUUUAAAAGAUGCAAUAUUGUAAAAUUAGUUUCUUUUGUAUAGAACGAACAAUUAGCUGACAAAAGCGAAACUGAAAUUAAAAGACUUUUGUCUGAAAAUAUUAAGGUAAAAAGGCAUGCAAGUCCAUAUUUAUUAAGUAAUUUUUACACUCCAUUUCUCAGGUACAUGUUUUUUAUACCGCAAACCUGAUUACACAAGAAUAUUUUGUGUAUAUUACUCAAUUUACGAGAGCCUGAACACGGUACCAAAGAAUUCACAACACGUUGUUUCCGCCUUUUCAUUUCCAUUGCAGAUAUGGGCCCGUGUGUGAAAAAGUGCAGUCGUGUAAUAUUUAGGACGGUUCCGAAUCUCUGUAAAAAAGAAACAAAUCGUCUUUGCAAAUUUAAAUUCGGUUUGGCCGGGCUACGAAGCGCAGCAGGUGCAUGCGACCAGUAUCCAUGCAAGGGGAAUGAAGUCGUGAUUCAUCCCUCCAGGAAAACAUUGUAAUCUAGAGUCUCUGAAAUGACAUUUCCUGAACUUACUGGCAAAUCCCUGACCUUGUCAUUCUUGCAGAACUUACUAUAGGGCUGGUAGCUAUUAUUACUUAUAAGUAAUAAUAGAUACUAGUCCUAUAGUAAGUUCUGCAUUAUUAUAUAUGCCUAUUAGUAUUGCUGCGUUAUAUAUUCUUAUUUAUAGAUGAAAGGUCAUUUAGAGAGGUUAGAAAAUUCCAAGGGUUGUGAGGUUGACGGAAUGAAAAGUGAAAUUAGCAAUCUUACUUCUGACCUCCAUCAAAGGUACAGGUAUUCUAAUUGA